CCGGGACAUACUUCGCCCGUCCGUGAUAAGUGAGGAAGAGGAGUCGAGAUUAAAUACAUGGCAGGGAAAUUCUCAGCCGCCCGCAGGCGCCUGCGCAAUGGGCCGGCCGUGGGGGGCGGGAAGCGCUGGGGGGCAGCGGAGCCCAUGUCGGCCCUGAGGCGCUCGGGCUACGGCCCCAGUGAUGGUUCGUCCUAUGGCCGCUACUACGGGCCUGGGGGUGGAGAUGUGCCUGUGCACCCACCUCCGCCCAUAUAUUCUCUUCGUCCCGAACCUCCCCAGCCUCCCAUUUCCUGGCGGGUGCGCGGGGGCGGCCCGGUUGAGACCACCUGGCCGGGAGAAGGCGAGGGAAGCGACGGCUACUAUCCCUCUGCAGGCGCCUGGCCGGAGCCGGGUCGAGCUGGAGGAAACCACCAGGAACAGCCACCAUAUCCUAGCUACAAUUCUAACUAUUGGAAUUCUGCACGACCUAGGGCUCCUUACCCAAGUACAUAUCCUGUAAGACCAGAAUUGCAAGGCCAGAGUUUGAAUUCUUAUACAAAUGGAGCAUAUGGUCCAACAUACCCACCUGGCCCUGGGGCAAAUACUCCCUCAUACUCUGGGGCUUAUUAUGCUCCUGGAUAUACUCAGACCAAUUACUCCACAGAAGUUCCAAGCACUUACCAUUCACCUGGCAACAGCCCAACCCCAGCCCCUCGUUGGAUAUAUCCCCAACAGGACUGUCAGACUGAACCUCCAACUCUUCGGGGGCAGGUUCCAGGAUAUCAUGCUUCACAGAACCCUGGAAUGACCCUGCCCCAUUAUCCUUAUGGGGAUGGUAAUCAUAGUGUUCCACAGUCAGGACCAACUGUCCGACCACAAGAGGAUGCGUGGGGGUCUCCUGGAGUUUAUGGAGUGGGUGCCCGUUACCCCUGGCCUUCAUCUACACCCUCAGCACCACCUGGGAAUCUGUACAUGACGGAAAAUACUUCACCAUGGCCCAGCAGUGGCUCUCCUCAGACACCUUCAUCACCACCUCUCCAGCAGCCCAAGGAUUCCACAUACCCCUAUAGCCAAUCAGAUCAAGGCAUGAACCGGCACAACUUUCCUUGCAGAGUCCAUCAGUAUGAAUCUUCGGGGACAAUGAACAAUGAUAAUUCAGAUCUUUUGGAUUCCCAAGUCCAGUAUAGUGCUGAGCCUCAGCUGUAUGGUAAUGCCAACAACGAACAUCCCAGCAAUCAAGAUCAAAGUAAUAAUCUUCCUGAAGAGGGUUUAUCUUCAGAUGAAGGUACUCCCCCAAGUAUUAAAAAAAUCAUACAUGUCCUGGAGAAGGUCCAGUAUCUUGAACAAGAAGUAGAAGAGUUUGUAGGAAAAAAGACAGACAAAGCUUACUGGCUUCUGGAAGAAAUGCUAACCAAGGAACUUUUGGAACUGGAUUCAGUUGAAACUGGGGGCCAGGACUCUGUCCGGCAGGCCCGGAAAGAGGCUGUUUGUAAGAUUCAGGCCAUACUGGAAAAAUUGGAAAAAAAAGGAUUAUGAAAGGAUUUAGAACAAAGUGGAAGCCUGUUACUAACUUGACCAAAGAACUCUUGAUUUUGGUUAAUUACCCUCUUUUCUAAAUGACUGUUGGUGACAAGAAGCAAUACAUUCCAACUUUCCUUUGAUUUAAAAUUUGAAAAGACUGGCAAAGGAAUGGAAAAACAUUUUAGUUAAGAGUUGCUUUCAGUUUUCAGACGAAUGAAUGUAGUAGGGAACUAUGGAGUUAAGAUACUGCCAAGUAGACUCACUCCUUAAGAAACUUACGGAUAUCUGUAAGCUGCUUGUUAACAGCAGGAGGGAAAUACAGGCUUAUGAGAAACAGGCUUAUCAGAAAUCUACCAGAGGAGACUGGAUAUAAUCUGAGAAAAACAGAAUCUGUUUUUUUUAAACAUCUGGAUUAUUUGUCACAUUUUUGUAUAUUGUGACUGCUUUCGGCAUACACUUCAUGUGUAAAUUACAGCUUAGACUUUAGCCUUUUUGGACCUCUGUUUCCUUUUGUUAUUUACAGUUCACAAAUAGAGUAUCUUCUACUUCUUGGUACAUUUUGUAGUAAUAUGUUUAAUUAUUCGAGAGACUAUAUUGACAGCCAGAUAGUAUGGCUAUUCUGAAUGAAAUAUCUUUUCACCUCUUGAAUAUAUUGCAAUGUGUAGUGAUUUCCUGAGGUAAAUUGUUUGUUUCCCAUGUUGUAUAAAUCGUUAGUGUUUUUACCACUUCUGCAUCUCAUGGUGGUAGUGAAAGGUGAAUUUGGAAAUGGCAUUGACAUAGAAUAAAAAUGUUUGUGGACAUUUUUCUUUUUUUUGCUUUUUUAUUGUAUUUUGGUAAAGAUCCACUUUAAAAUUUACCCUUUUUUUUUUUUAACAACAUAUAAUCUUUUCACUGUUGCUGCUUCCAUAGACAGCAUUGUGAUACAUUAAAUGCCACAGUAAGUUGAAAUAAUGACUGCAAAAGUAAUAAAUACAGUUACUUAGUAAUACCAUUCUUCCAUCUAAGAUUAGUUUCACUGUCAAGAUCCCUCUGAGCAGAUUCAGCUCAGUUUAUAGAUAAAUGAGAGUAAAAGGGGAUUCAUGCUCAGGGAAUGAAUCAGCCAUAGUUAGAAUAGGAAAUUAAUUAUUUUCUUCUUUUAAAUGUAGAUUUGAUGUUUAUCUUUAUUUCCUUAAAGUAAAUUGCAUAGAUAGAAUUGCCUGUUUCAUAAAACGAUGUUCUUACCAUUAUUAACAGUCAUUUUAGAGCCAAAUUUAAGGAAAGGGUAUUGAAGAGGUUUUACUUAGAAGAGACUUAGGUAUGUAACUUACUUUUUACAUCUGAGGUGAGUUUUAGUAUACAGUAUCUGUUCUUAGAAAAACAACUGUUUCUUCAUAAAAUAUCCAAGUGGUAAUUUUUUUCCUAGACUGCCAGGCCUAUUAGUGAUACUAAAUCUGUCAGCUAUCUCUAUUCUUCAAAAACAAAACCACAUUAGAUGAGAGGAAACAUAGUAAAAAUAUUAGCUGCAUCUUAUAGUUGGGAUGAGUGAUUAAUAUGGUGAUAUUUUUUCUUGGAUUUUAAUUUUUGUCCUAAUGUAGGAAUGUUUAAAAAAGGCUUUUCUAUGAAAUUAGAAAAUUAUACUUGAGAUUAAAAAUAUGGAAGGGGGAGGACUUUAAAGCUAAGUUACCAGUGAGACAAUGAGUAAUCCUGAAGAGAACACUACUGUUUUACUGACUGAAUGCCCACGAUGCCAAUUUCCAUGAAGUCUUAUAUAUACAUAUAUAUAUGUACACACACUAUAUACAUAUAUGUGUGUAUGAUUUUAAACAGUUUUUUAAGUUUUUGAAGUAAUUUUAGACUUACAGAAGAAUUGUAAAAAUAGUAUAGAGUUCUCGGGCGGCGCCUGUGGCUCAAGGAGUAGGGCGCCGGUCCCAUAUGCCGGAGGUGGCGGGUUCAAACCUAGCCCCGGCCAAAAUAAAAAAAAAAAAAAAAAAAUAGUAUAGAGUUCUCAUGUUUCCUCUACCCACCUUCCCCUUAUGUUAACAUCUUACAUAACCAUAGAACAUUUGUCAAAAUUAAGAAAUUAACCUUGAUACAAUACUAUUAACUGUUGUAGAGAAUUUAAACAGUAAGAUUUUUGUGAGUCUUUUCACUAAUCCAGGAUCCCACCUUGCACUUAGUUGUCAUGUCUCCUCUGUGUCCUCCAGUCUGUGACAGUGUAUCAAAAUGGGAUUCCUGAUGUCAUGUAUUUCUGGUGUUGUUGUUAACUAUGUUUGAUCACUAUGCUAGCGUGAUACCUGCUAGGAUUUUCUACUGUAAACUUACUAUGUUUUUCUUGUAAUUAUUAAUAUUUGCUGGAGAUACUUUGAGACUAUGCAAAUGUCCUGUUUCUGCUUGAAGUUUUGCCCAUUUUAUUUAUCCAUUGGCAGAUCUUGCUUGUGGCAAUGACUACUGUGGUGUUCUAAUGGUGAUUUUCUAUUUCUCUCAUUCCUUCUACAUUUGUAAUUGGAAUUCUUCUCUAAAGAAGAGUUGUCACUUCUGGAUUUAUAUUUCAAAUUGUAAUAAUAUUCAGGAUUAGUACAAACUUAGAACUUAAAGAUCUUAAACCAUGUUUAUAAAUGAUUCCAAAUACUGGUAUCAAUGAUUAGAAACUAAGAUGGUAACAUGACUCAGAAAAUAUAAUGAACUUAAGAAGGAAAAUAGUAUUUAUGAUUUGUAGAAUUGGUUCAACUUUUGACAUAAUAUUGACUGUAGACUGCAUCCAAAAUUUUCUUGAAAUUUCACAUCUGGACUUUUUAAAAGUGUCUACAUUUAUAUUGCUUUGGGGAUCAUCUUGUCAAAAUCUUGAAUAAAGUUUAAGACCUGGCAUGAUAAACACA